AUGCUGCGUUGCCAUUGUGCUAUUGUUUCUCAGCCUUCUGAUGAGAUCAUUUUAAUUCUUGUGAUCGAAGUGCACGUGCAAGAUACUAGCAUGGACCGCUCUAAGUUUUUGGUUAGUUUGGCUACUCAAAACAAAAUUGGGUAUGUUAGUGAAGGAGUUGAGGUUGCCGAAAUAGAAUCGAAAGUUUUUGAAGAUGACGACUUCGAAAAUGAACUGUCAUUUGUUUCUGAGUCUGAGCCUUUUCAAGACUCAGGAUCAGAAUAUGUUUUAUCUGAAUCUAUUGACUCCGACAUGUCAGAAGAUAUUCCUGUAAUGAAGAAUUUCACCGUAAAACGUAAACAGAUAAGAAAAUCAUCCGACCAAAGUACGCCCCUUGAAGACAUUUUAUUAGUUAAGGACUCAACUCUUCCCGAAUCAUCAGAAUCAAAGCAACUCAGCAUUUUACAAAAUUUUGACGAGUCACAACAAAAACAAGAAAAUAAAAUUGAAAAUAUACAAAAUAAAGAAACUAAAAGUUCACAAGAGGAAACACAGAAAAAUAAAACAGUAGAAGAAGAAUGGAUGAUAGAUGCAGAUGCAGACCAAAAUACUAUAGUGAGUGUGGUUCAUCAGGGAGAAUACUCUAAAAAACCAUCUGCAAGAGAACGGCCUACAAUUUGUCCUAUUUGCUAUAGAGAUGUACCUACACAUUUUACAAGACAUUUAUUUAGACAUCAUGAUAAUAAUGAACACGUGAUAAAAAUUAAAAGUAAACCUCCUAAAUGUAAAGAACGUUUAGCUUUGAUUGCAGCGUUACGAAAACAAGGUUAUUUUUAUUUGAAAACGGAAAAGAAUAUUUCAAAUCCUGUGAGAAGUUCCAAGAAAACUGAUGUGCAAUAUUUUGUAUGUACUUACUGUUUGGGACAAUAUACAAAAAAACUUCUUUAUAAACAUGUUAAAAUAUGCAAACAGAAACCUGCCAGCGAAACAAAUCCUGGGAAAAACUGCUUAAACAAGAGUCAAAGUUUUUUGGCCACAUUGACUUCAAAGAAUCAAAACUUUUUACAAUCGGCGCGUAUAAAAGAAGAAGUUUUUAGCAUAAUGAGAGCUGACGAAAUCAGUUAUACUGCCAAAAGUGACACAUUGAUUUGUUUGUAUGGGGAAGCCCUUUUGUGCAAACAUAAAAGACAACAAAUUGCAACAGUAAUUUCUAACAAAAUGCGAGAAAUGGGUAGAUUACUAAUAGUGUUAAAAAGGAUUAGUAAUUCAGUUGAUGUCUUAUUUGAUGCAUUGAAACCAGAAAAUUUUCAAGAUUUAAUAUGUGCUACUAAAGAAAUUAGUGGUUAUGAUCCUUUAAAUAAAUGCUAUAAAUCACCGUCUUUGGCUUUACAUAUGGGAACCAAUUUAAAAACUGUUUGUGAUAUUGCACUUAAGUUGGUGAUAGAAAACAGAAAAUUACCAAAAAUUAAUUGGGAAAACAGAGAUAAAAAGAAACAAGAAAUUAAAGACUUACAGAAAUUAAUAAAAGGACAUUGGUGUAAUGAAGUUUCGAGCUUCGCUCUCAAAAUUUUAAAAGAGAGGCAAUGGGAAAAACCAAAGGCUCUUCCUCUUACAAGCGACAUACAAGCUUUUCAAACACAUGUUAGCAACUUGGCAAAUCAAGCAUAUGAAGAAUUGAAAAACAAUUCAAAUUUAAGGACCAACUAUAGGACUUUAACGGAAUGUGUUUUAGCAUUAACUGUAAUGUUCAACAGAAGGCGGGUUGGUGAUGUGCAGUAUUUAAGGAUGGAUACAUACAACAAAAAUGAAUAUACAAUAAAUGAAGAAGCAUUUACUGAAUCACUAACAAAUGUUGAAAAACUUCUCAGUCAAAAAUUUAAAAGAGUGGUUACCGGUGGUAAAGGUUCAAAACCAAUACCAAUUUUGUUUCCUCCACAAAUUCAGAAAUAUAUAAAAUUAAUACUAGAAAUCAGAGAACAUUCAAAUACAGGGUGUCUCAGAAAUAAGUACAUUAAUUUUAAUCAGUUAUAG